GUCGCUGGUCCGAUCCCUAGCGCUUCCAUAGCUACCGUUGGAUCACCGGAGCAACCGAGCGGAAGCGACGGGGUUCGGCCUCGCCGAGCGUCGACGCGAUGGAGGCGGAGGCGGCGGCGCUAUCGCAACUGCAGCUGCAGCUCCUUGCCCUCGUCUCCGAGCUCCGCCUCACCCGCGAGCGGGAGCGGGCCGCGCGGGAGGAGCUCCACGCGUCCAGCGAGAGGUGGAAGGCGGCGGAGGAGGAGCGCAGGAGGGAGGCUCGGGAGCUGCGGGCGGAGUUGGCGGCGCGGGACGAAGCGCUGCAAAGGCUCGAGUCCAGGGUGAAGUGCCUUGAAAAUGAAAAUGAGCUGCUGGAAAGAAACGAAAAGGAUUUGAAAGAAAACAUAGAGAGACUGCUUCAAUCAAGGGAGGCAUUCAUGAGACAGUACGAGGACUCUGCUUGUUCUCUGCAAUGGACCAUCCAGAUGAGGGAUAAACAGAUUACCGUAAUUUCAGAAAAGCUGAAUUCCCAUCUGGCUUUGUUUAAUUCAGUAGGAAAGGAAGUUGCUGCGGUAAAACAAGUACUAGGUGACGUGGAAUGCCUAGUUGGUGAGAAGGAAAAUCUAGUCUCUGAUUUGAAGUGUAAGGUCCAAAGGAUUUCUGUACUCGAGAAAGAUUUUGUUGAGAAACUUAGUUUCUUGGGAGAUAAAAUUACUAGUUACCAGCUCGAACUUCGAAAUAGGGCGAGGAUCAUAUAUGGAUUGAAGGAGCAACUUGACGCUGAGAAGCUUAAAAACAAUUUUCAUCCCCAGCUAGAAGAACUUAAGAAAUCUCUGCUGGUGAAGGAUGAAAUUAUCGAGAGGUUGAUUUCAGAUAAGCAGGAAAUGCUUGUGGAGCUUCACAACAUGGAAACUGCUCUACAGAAAUUUCAAGACAUAUUCAGCAGGCUUGGGCAUGAGGAAAUGAAAAGUUCUCUGCCAGUUUCUGAAAGUCAGGAUUGUAAAGUAGAUAGCAUUCCAGGUAGUCAAGUUGAUCUUCCUAAUGAGGAUAGGAUGAUACCCAUAAUUGAUGAAACAGGACAUCUUGGAAUGCAGUCCCUCCUAUCCAAAAUACUUGAAGUUCUAGCCAAUGCAAAUGUAGAAUGUAAGUCGGAAAUUGACACUGGCAGCAAUCAAGUACAGAGCCCACCGUCCCUUAAGCAUUAUGCCUUGCCAUGUUCAGAACCUGUAACUGCAAAUGUUGAAAAAUCUGAGUGCCCUCCUGAAUCCGAAGACAUUGAGAUGGGCAAUUCAUCUCCCGAACAGCAAACACAUUCUGCGAAUCCAGACCCUGAGGUAGAAAAUCAGUCCUGAGCACGAUCAGUUCCAGAGGGACACCACGACUACAAUGUACAAAGCUGCCAAUUGCCUAUAUGGCUAUAUCCAGCGUCGCAGCUCAUGACUUGUGCUCGUAGUUGAGUGCUUGCUUGUGCACGGUGCUAGUUAGACACAAAAGAUGGGGUUGAUGGAGCGAGAGAUUUUUAUUUUUCAUAAUCCAUCUUUUAAAGUUGUUGUCACACUUCUCUGCGAUUGCUAUUUUUCCGGAGAAAACUCAGAGCUCUUUCUAUUUAAGCAUGCAAAAGCUCAGAUAUCUGUA